CUCUGCUGCUGUGUCCCAGAAUCUGCAGCCCUCUGGUGGAUGCUGUCAUCCUUUGCAGGCUCUGAAGAGUUUAUAAAGCCAGCGAGAGCAGAGAAGGAACGGAGAAGCUGGUGGACAGUUCCCGGUGCUGAAAGCAGAGGAAAGAACAUCUCUGUCAGGGACCAGCUCACUCAUGGCCGGGAAGCAGCAGCCCCCUUAUUUGCAUCUGGCGGAGCUGACAGCGUCCCAGUUCCUGGACAUCUGGAAGCAUUACGAUGCUGACGGAAAUGGUUACAUUGAAGGGAAAGAGUUGGAAAACUUCUUCCAAGAGUUGGAGAGUGCCAGGAAGGGAGCUGGAGUGGAAUCUAAGAACAUCAACUUUGCAGAAAAGAUGAAGGAAUUCAUGCGAAAAUAUGACAAGAAUGCAGAUGGCAGAAUUGAACUGUCCGAGCUGGCACAGAUCUUGCCCACAGAGGAGAACUUCUUGCUAUGUUUUCGACAGGAUGUUGGCUCCAGUGCCGAAUUCAUGGAGGCAUGGCGGAAAUAUGAUACAGACCGCAGUGGCUACAUAGAAGCCAAUGAACUCCAGGGGUUCCUAUCGGAUUUGUUAGAGAAAGCAAACAAGCCCUAUGAGGAACCAAAGCUACAUGAAUAUACACAGACUAUACUGCGGAUGUUUGACUUGAAUGGGGAUGGGAAGCUCUGCCUGUCAGAAAUGUCACGAUUGCUGCCUGUGCAAGAGAACUUCCUCCUUAAAUUUCAGGGAGUGAAACUAGAUGCGGAAGAAUUCAAUGCUAUCUUUGCAUUUUAUGACAAGGAUGGAAAUGGCUUCAUUGAUGAGAAUGAAUUGGAUGCCCUACUGAAAGAUCUCUAUGAGAAAGACAAGAAAGAAAUGACAAUCCAACAGCUCACAAGCUACAGAAAGAGCAUCAUGAAUCUCUCUGAUGGGGGGAAGCUGUACCGCAAGGAACUGGAAAUUGUCCUCUGCAAUGAGCCCCUGAUGUAAAGAACAGCAGUGUCCCUUGACCACCUCCCCUCCUCUCCCCUGCUCUGCCACUACCACGAAGGCAAAGACACCCCAAUGAGCAAAUGUAAGGGGUGUCUGUUGACCUGCACCUGGGUGAUCCUCCCAACCCCAGAAGAUGAGGCUUGAUGAUCUGCUUGUGACUUUGGUCCCAGAAUCUGCACAAGAGGGUGGGGGAGGGGGCAGCACUGUAUGACCUCAUCUCAUUUGCUGGGGAAGGGGGGCUCCAACCUAGACAGUUAAUUUUUCCCCCACGCCUUGCUUGUCUCUCUUUCUCGCUAGUUAUUAUAGUCUGUGUUUUGUAACUUUCCUCAUCUGGAAUGGAUUUUUUUUUCUUUUGCUCUUAAUUUUUCAUCUUUGGUCACCUUUCAUGUUCAGUCUUGUUUACCAAAGAAGAGUUUACAAAUAAAACUGAUGGUCUGCUUCAGGA